AUGACUACACAAAAAGAUGCCUCCAACUCCGUGGCUACGGAAACAAGUAAACAAAUCGAUGUCAACACGAAUGCUCCUUCAGCCGGAAACGAUUCAAAAGAAACAAACUCUGAAAAGAAAGAUAACGGUAAAACAACUGCGCACGGAGAAUAUAAUUCGAAUGCUACACCAAAUCCUGCCGUUUCCCUUCCCUUAUCACCGACACCAAAUUUUUAUUAUACCAAUGGUGCAGCUCAAAGUUAUGUAGACCAACAAACCGCUAUCGCUGCUGAGGCAUACCAAGCUGCUAUGGCAGCAGGAUAUGAUGUUAGUGAUCCUAACGCUUUCGCUGCGUAUGGUCAAUAUGGAAUGCAUCCGCAGUAUUCUCAAUUCUAUUCCGCCGAUUAUGGUACUGCAUAUUCUGGAACACCCUCUCUUCAAGGUCAAACUUCUCCGUCCCUAGCUCCACAACCUUUGAGUCCUUAUUUUACUGCUACUAGUCCUCCAAUAGCUUAUUAUCCUACGUCUCCUCAAGUUGGCCCAACCGGAAUAAUUCAUUCACCCCCAAUGCAUCCAUAUUUAUAUUCACCGCAAUCUCCUUACGGGAUGUUGCACACACUCUCCCCUACCCUUUCACAUACUUCAUCCUCUGCUCCUAACUCUCCACCUCCUCAAUAUCUUCCCGGUCCAGGAGUUCCCUCACCUAAAGUUGGUCCUUUAAAUAGUAGUCGUGGAAUCAAUCGUUCUCAAGCAACUCAUUAUAAUUAUGGCAGAAGAAAUUCUGGUUCUAAUCAAAUUCCCAAUCUCCCUAAUUAUAAUAAUCCUACAAAGACCACUAAUAUUUAUAUUCGUGGUUUACCACAUACCACCACCGAUGAAUCUUUACAUUCUAUGUGUUCCAUAUAUGGUGCCAUCACUUCUUCAAAGGCUAUUAUCGAUCAAAAACAAGGUGAUUGUAAAGGCUAUGGCUUCGUGAUGUAUGAAACUGAAGAUCAAGCCAAGCAUGCCAUUGAACAAUUAACGCGAUUGGGAUUGCAAGUUUCCUUCGCUAAGGAAUCUUUUAGUACAAGAUUGAAAAAUCUUCAGGAUUUGGCUUCAACAAAUAUAUAUUUGUCAAACUUACCAUUGGACAUGAAUGAACAGCAACUUGAGGAGCUAUUCCAUCCUCACAAAGUUGUUUCUAACAGGAUACUCAGAGACACUAAUGGAACAAGUCGUGGCGUUGGUUUUGCCAGGAUGGAAGAUCGUGAUUCUGCUUUGGCUAUCAUUCAAAAAUUCAAUGGACAUCAACUUCCUGGAGCGGGCUUACCUUUGCAAGUUCGUUUUGCUGAUUCAUUGGCACAAAAGAAGUUGAAAGGACAAACUGCCAAAAAACGGAUGUGGAGAGCACGCGAGUUUGCAUCAUUAGGCGGACAAAUUAUGUCUCAAGUUCCUGUUACUCCUGAGCAUAUGCUGGGAAUGGCCGCUCCUGGAUCACCACCAGGACCUGGUGCUUACCUUCAGUAUUUCCCAGAGGGAGUUCAACCUGCUGGUGCUUUUCCACCUGGUUCAAUCUCUCCAACAUUCGGUCCUCAAUAUGCUGCGGCAAGAUAUUUUCAACCGAUUUAUCCUGGACCGGUUUUACCGCAACAACAUCAAGGAACAGAAGGGCAGCCUGCGGCUGCCGCUGUAGUAAUCUCAAAUCAGUCAGAUAACACCAAUAAGGAUGUAUCUAACUCUGGAGGUAGUAAUGAUCCUACAGAAGAAUUGAGUGAAUUAGUUCAAAAGAAACUAAAUGUUGAUGGUGGCAGUGAUAAGGAUGGUUGUGCCGAAGUUGGCGAUAAACAAUAA